AUGCCUGCUCACGUUGUCGAGGUCGACCUCACCGAAGUUUCCAAGUCGCUCGCUGUGCUUGGCGGGUUUAUCGUCAUCUACGGCCUUCUAUCAUACGUUGUAAAGGAGCGGCUCUACCUCUCGGAACCGCUACUCGCCGUGACGGUCGGUAUCAUCGUCGGGCCGUAUGUACUCAACUGGGUCGACCCCAUUAGCUGGGGCAAUGCAGAAGAGACCAACUACGUCACCUACACUUUUACGCGCAUUGUCGUCGGCAUCCAGGUGCUCUUCUGCGGUAUAUCGCUACCUAAGGCGUAUCUGUGGAAGGAGAAGGUAUCGCUAAUCAUCCUGCUCUUUGGUAUAAUGACCACGGCCUGGUUUGCCACGGCGCUGCUCAUCUGGGGCUUGAUCCCCAAUUUGACCUUCUUGGAGAGCCUCUGCAUCGCUGCAGCCGUGACUCCGACCGAUCCUGUCCUCGCCAAUUCCAUCACCACUGGCCGAUACGCCGAGAAGCAUGUCCCUGCCAACGUGCGCAACAUCAUCGUCGCCGAGUCUGGCGCCAACGACGGCCUUGGUUUCCCGUUUCUGUACCUCGCCAUUUACCUCCUUGCGCGUUCGGGCGAGGACAAGGGUAGUAGUGUCGGCACAGAGAUCGGUCGCUGGGUCUAUGCUGUCGUCGUGUACCAGAUCUUGCUGUCAAUCGCAUUUGGCUCGCUCAUCGGUUACCUGGCGCGAAAAUCGCUCAAAUGGGCCGAGUCCAGGUCAUACAUCGACAAGGCCAAUUUCUUCGCCUACGGUCUCGGACUCGCCUUCUUUACAUUGGGCACCACGGGCUUAUUUGGCUCGGACGAUAUCUUGGCGUGCUUCAUCGCGGGCAACUCGUUCACCUGGGACGACUGGUUCCGCAUCCGCACCGAAGACAACGACUUCCAAGAAAUCAUCGAUACCGUGCUCAACAUGGCCGUGUUCGUCUACAUUGGCGCUAUAAUUCCGUGGGCUGACUACUCGAGUGCAGAACUGCAGCUGACGGGGUGGAGAGUCGUCGUUCUCGGCAUCACCGUGUUGCUUCUUCGUCGUCCACCCUGGGUAAUUGCGGCAACCAAAGCGAUCCCGGCCUUGCGCGACUUGAAGGAGUCGUCCUUCGCCGGCUGGUUCGGUCCCAUCGGUGUCGGUGCCGUCUUCUACAUCCAAGUGGCGCUCAAGCAGCUGCCGGACGAUGGCACGCGCGAUCAUCUGCGCGCCGUCUACUCGCCUGUUGUUCUGUUCAUGGUGUUUUCUUCCGUUUUGACCCAUGGCAUCACCAUCCCCAUUUCCAAGCUGGGGCCGGGCGUCAUGCGUCGCACUGCCACCCUCACCAAAACGCGAUCCAUCACUUUCUCGCGCCCCAUCAGUCGCAACAACACUAUUCAGGUCUCCAACACCGUCAACGACGCCACUCCCCAGCGCCAAAGCUCUCCGGAAGACGGAUCAGGAUCCGACAAUUCCGACCAGGGCCGCGCUACCGAUUCAUCGCGCGCCUCUUCACACGGACAUGUCGGGUACGACGACUCGGGCAAACCGCUCUGGAAUCCGCUCGUGGCUGUGACCAACUGGAGUGUACACGUCUUCGCGUUUUGGCGCAAGGACAGUUUCUGGCGCAAAGACGUCGCGCCGGGCAAACACGAUGCCUUUUCUCAUCACGGCGUAGACAAGACCGAGAUCUCGGCGCCCAGUCGACCAGUCAAGCAGCGCAGUGUCGAAGAAGACACCCUGGCUCGCACCGCCAAUGCCAGCGGUAGCGGUCAAGAGGUGGCAGUAGAUGCAGACGGCGAGCCGCUCAGGGUGCGUCUGCCACCUCCUGUGCUGGAACUUCCUGUGAGCGGCAACAAGAUGCCUAGCCCCAUUCUGCAGCCUUCUUCCAGACUUGGAUCCCCACAACAGCAGGCAGAGGAGCAGCCGGACAGGGCCAAGCUGACGCGCACCGUCUCUCCGCGUCGCUCUGCCAUUCUGAGGGCAUUUGACAAAGAGAUGAACGCCGAACGCACCGAAGCGCAGACCGAGGCGCAGCAAGGAUGGAAGAAGGGACAGCAGAGGGAGCAGAAGCGGUUGUUGAACAUGCUACAGAGGAGCGGCGUUGAGUUGAGCGACAAGCAGGCCAAGGCGCUGAGCGAGCACGAUGCUACCGAAACUGGUGCUGUGGCUAGUGCCGCACAAAGUAGUGGUGCGGAAGCGAGCUCAGAUGCGGUUCAGCAAGAGGUCGAUCAAGAUGCUCAGUCGACUCACUCUUCGCAGCGCAGAACCCUCCGCUUCAUUUGA